AUGGGAAGCUGCUGCAGUUGUCUGUGCAGAGACAGCAUCCCAGACAACCAUCCCACCAAAUUUAAGGUAACGAACGUGGAUGAUGAAGGUAACGAGCUGGGAUCUGGGAUUAUGGAGCUGACGCAGACGGAGCUCAUCUUGCACACUCACAAGCGAGAUGCUGUCAGGUGGCCCUACCUCUGCUUGCGCCGCUAUGGCUAUGACUCCAACCUCUUCUCCUUCGAGAGCGGCCGUCGCUGCCAGACGGGGCAGGGGAUUUUUGCCUUCAAGUGUUCCAGAGCAGAGGAGAUCUUUAAUCUGCUUCAGGACCUGAUGCAGUGUAACAGUAUCAACGUAGUGGAAGAACCUGUUGUCAUCACCAGGAACAGUCACCCUACGCAGCGUGAGCUCUCCCGGACCCCCCAGGCACCCAACAGUCUGGGGUACACUGUCCCAGGAUUUCCCAAUGGAUUUCACAGCUUCCCUGGAGAAACCCUAUCAUACUCCGCAGCCCGCCACCCCUCCGUGAGCAGCCUGAGGCAUUCCUCUGUGGGCGAAGACUCUACUCAUGCCCUCAUCGGGCCUGAUGAGCAGUCCCACACCUACGUCAACACGGCCAAUGGUGAUCAGGAGCUGAGGGGCCGACAUUGUAUGCACUCCUUGCCUGAAGUCCACCCUCCUUUCCCCCAUAGGAACCACAGCUGCUCUCUUGAAGACCGCAAUCCUCAGGUCUUUCUGCAGCCAGGGGAGGUUAAGUUCGUGUUAGGUCCCACAUCCAACUACAGACGCGUCUGUUGGCACCGCCGGGAGUGCAGGACGCACUUCUGCCCCCCCAACAACAACAACAACGAGUGCGAGGAGGAGUGCCCUUCAUCCCAGUGCGUCUACGAGAACGUCAACGGCUUGCUGCCCCCCAGCACCUCCUCUCUCUGCCGAGGCGGGCGCUUGAAAAUCACCCGGGAGGACGCGGGCUUACCUGGCUGCUCCCAUCGCAGAACGGCGUUGCUGCACUAUGAGAACUUGCCGUCACUUCCCCCAGUGUGGGAGUGCCAGCCGCUCCGGCGGGGCGAGGAGGAUGUGGGCACUGGGGACGUGCUGACGCCUUCCCCCAACGGCUAAUCCGAGGCUGGGGGAGAAGAACCGUCCUUCAACUUCGACUUCCCCCGGCCCUGUCCAGAGCAGCCGCGGCAACUCAACUACAUCCAGGUGGAGCUGGAGGCUGAGCCACGCAAGGGACAUCAGAACCCACCGGUCCCCCGUGUCCCACCUCCUGCCACCCAUGAAGCCCGACGGACGGACUCCUACGCGGUCAUUGACCUAAAAAAGACAGCGGCCAUGUCCAGUUUGCAAAGGGCCCUGCCGAGAGAUGAUGGGACUUCACGGAAAACUCGACAUAACAGCACUGACCUGCCUCUGUAA